UACAAAGUCAAGUUUCCAUCUCCUUCCUUUCCAAUCAUAUUUGUAAUAUUUCCAACCCGACAAACACCACCGAAAAAAAAAGGUUUUGGGUCAAUGGCAACAGCCUCAGCAACGCUUUCUCCAGCAACACUUGCUGCUGCCACAGUUAGCAGUCCUGAGAGGAAGCAAAUCAAAGUGAACUACAUAAUGGGACUGGAUUCUUUUGGUGGGCUAAAAGCUCACAACAAUGUGAGUUCAUUAGGCUUGCCAGUAUGCGCUGAGCAGUCCUUUGCAAAGGUGGUCAGCUCAUUGAGAGCUCCAUCAAAGGGUAAAGGCAGAAGUGGGGGUGCACUCUCUUCAACCUGCAGUGAUGUUGGUGAGAUAUUCAGGAUAGCAGCAAUCAUGAACGGGCUUGUUCUUGUUGGAGUUGCAGUGGGAUUUGUUCUUCUUCGAGUCGAAGCUUUUGUGGAGGAUAUUGAAUGAGAAAUUUUAGCCACUAUAGCCAGUUUCUUGGUUGGUUGUUGUUUUGUUAAUCAAGGAUAUUGUUUGUACCUUAACUUCUUUGUUAAUUAAGGAUAUUUCUUGGAUGUCUAAACCAAACCA